AUGGGCGCACCGACGUUCCGUGCGCCCGCGGCGGCCCUGGGGCUGCUGCUGUGCGCCGCGCUGGGCCGCGGGGCGCUCGGGCCGCCCUCCGGGGCUGCCGGCCGGCGCCCGUGCCCCGCUCCCUGCCGCUGCCUCGGGGACCUGCUGGACUGCAGUCGCCAGCGGCUGGUGCGCCUCCCCGAUCCGCUCCCGUCCUGGGUCGCUAGGCUGGACUUAAGUCACAACAGAUUAUCUUUCAUCAAGGCAAGUUCCAUGAGCCAUCUCCCGAGCCUUCGAGAAGUGAAACUGAAUAACAAUGAAUUGGAGUCCAUUCCGAAUCUGGGACCAGUCUCAGCAAAUAUUACGCUUCUCUCCUUGGCUGGAAACAGGAUUGUUGAAAUACUACCCGACCAUCUGAAAGAGUUUCAAUCCCUUGAAACUUUGGACUUGAGCAACAAUAAUAUUUCAGAGCUUAAAACUGCAUUUCCUCCGCUACAACUCAAAUACCUGUAUAUCAACAGUAACCGAGUCACAUCAGUGGAACCUGGGUGUUUUGACAGUUUGGCAAACACGCUGCUGGUCUUGAAGCUAAACAAGAACCGACUUUCGGCCAUCCCACCCAAGAUGUUUAAAUUGCCCCAGCUGCAACAUCUCGAACUGAACCGGAACAAGAUUAAAAACGUAGAUGGACUCACGUUCCAAGGACUUGGUGCUCUGAAGUCUCUGAAGAUGCAAAGAAACGGAGUAACAAGACUUAUGGACGGAGCUUUUUGGGGGCUGAGCAACAUGGAAAUUUUGCAGCUGGACCACAACAACCUGACAGAGAUCACCAAAGGCUGGCUGUACGGUUUGCUGAUGCUGCAGGAACUUCAUCUCAGCCAGAACGCCAUCCGCAGGAUCAGCCCCGAUGCCUGGGAGUUCUGCCAGCACCUCAGUGAGCUGGACCUAACUUUCAAUCAGUUAUCGAGGUUAGACGAUUCGAGCUUCCUUGGCCUGAGCUUGCUAAACACUCUGCACAUCGGGAACAACAGAGUCAGCUACAUUGCCGACUGCGCCUUCCGGGGACUUUCCAGUUUAAAAACUUUGGAUCUGAAGAACAAUGAAAUUUCCUGGACGAUUGAAGACAUGAAUGGUGCCUUCUCUGGGCUUGAUAAACUGAGGCGGCUAAUACUCCAGGGAAACCGGAUAAGAUCUAUUACCAAAAAAGCCUUCACUGGUUUGGAUGCAUUAGAACAUCUAGACCUGAGUGACAAUGCAAUCAUGUCUUUACAAGGCAAUGCCUUUUCACAAAUGAAGAAACUCCAACAAUUGCAUUUAAAUACAUCGAGCCUGUUGUGUGAUUGCCAACUCAAAUGGCUCCCGCAGUGGGUGGCAGAGAAUAACUUUCAGGCUUUCGUCCAUGCCAGUUGUGCCCAUCCUCAGCUGCUGAAGGGAAGAAGCAUCUUCGCUGUCAGCCCCGAUGGCUUUGUGUGUGAUGAUUUUCCCAAACCCCAGAUCACGGUUCAACCAGAAACGCAGUCAGCGAUAAAAGGCUCCAAUCUGAGUUUCAUCUGCUCCGCUGCCAGCAGCAGCGACUCCCCAAUGACUUUUGCUUGGAAAAAAGAUAAUGAACUACUCCCUGAUGCUGAAAUGGAAAAUUACGCGCACCUGCGGGCCCAGGGCGGCGAGGUGAUGGAGUACACCACCAUCCUGCGGCUGCGCCACGUGGGAUUCGCCAGCGAAGGGAAAUACCAGUGUGUCAUCUCCAAUCACUUCGGCUCAUCCUACUCUGUCAAAGCCAAGCUCACAGUGAACAUGCUUCCCUCCUUCACCAAGACCCCCAUGGACCUCACCAUCCGCGCCGGGGCCAUGGCGCGCCUGGAGUGUGCUGCCGUGGGACACCCAGCCCCGCAGAUAGCCUGGCAGAAGGACGGAGGCACAGACUUCCCUGCUGCAAGGGAGAGACGCAUGCAUGUGAUGCCUGAGGAUGACGUGUUCUUCAUCGUGGAUGUGAAGAUAGAGGACAUCGGGGUGUACAGCUGCACAGCUCAAAACAGUGCAGGCAGCAUUUCUGCAAAUGCAACUCUGACUGUCCUGGAAACGCCAUCAUUUUUGCGACCUCUGUUGGACCGAACUGUAACCAAGGGAGAGACGGCCGUCCUGCAGUGCAUUGCGGGAGGGAGCCCGCCCCCCAGACUGAACUGGACCAAGGACGACAGCCCCCUGCUGGUGACAGAGAGGCACUUCUUCGCAGCAGGCAACCAGCUGCUGAUCAUUGUGGACUCAGACGUCAGCGACGCGGGGCAGUACACCUGCGAGAUGUCCAACACACUGGGCACCGAGCGGGGCAGCGUGCGCCUCAGUGUCAUCCCCACCCCCACCUGCGACUCCCCGCAGGUGGCUGCCCCAGCUCUGGAUGACGAUGGCUGGGCCACGGUGGGCGUGGUGAUCAUAGCCGUGGUCUGCUGCGUGGUGGGCACGUCACUUGUGUGGGUGGUCAUCAUAUACCACACGAGGCGGAGGGGUGAGGACUGCAGUGUCACCAACACAGAUGAGACCAACUUGCCUGCAGAUAUCCCGAGUUACUUGUCCUCUCAGGGGACGUUAGCUGACAGACAGGACGGGUACGUCUCCUCAGAGAGUGGAAGCCACCACCAGUUCAUCACAUCCUCAGGUGGCGGGUUUUUCUUGCCACAACAUGACAAUAGUGGGACCUGCCACAUUGACACCAGCAGUGAAGCCGACGUGGAAGCCGCCACGGACCCGUUCCUGUGUCCCUUCCUGGGGGCCGCGGGCCCUGUGUACCUGAAAGGGAGUAUGUAUGGAGGGGACCCUUUUGAAGCCUAUCAUACAGGUUGCAGUCCUGAUCCGAGAACAGCACUGCUGGACCACUAUGAGCCCAGCUGCGUGAAGAAGAAGGAGGGCCCCCCGUGCUCUCACGCCGCAGAGGAGGCCUGUGAGCGCAGCUUCAGUAACACAGCGUGGCCGCCGCGGGUCAGGAAGCUGCUUAACACUAGCCACUCCCAGGGCGAAGGCCUGGGAGUAAAGAGUGUGUGUCUGAACAAGUCCUCUCCAGAUUUCAGUUCUAGUCCAGAGCCAGCGUCCUUUACUGCGAGUCAUUCCUUCUUGGGUACGUUUGGAAAACCCCUCAGGAGACCUCCCCUCACUGUCUGUUCAAGCUUCGGACAGCCUCCAGAUGGUCAGCCAACAGCCCUUCACUUCCAAGCUCGUUCUUCUCCAGACCUGGACUCUGAGUCAGAGGAUGGUGGAAAAGAAAGGACAGAUUUUCAGGAAGAAAAUCACAUUUGUGCCUAUAAACACACAUUAGAAAACUACAGGACUCCAACUUUUCAGUCUUUUGAUUUGGACACAUAGACUAAAGGGGGAACCAAGGAGAAGUUUUAACACACUACCUCAAGGGAACUUUUAUUUAAAAGACAGAGAAUCUUAUGUUUUUAAAUGGAGUUAUGAAUUUUAAAAGGAUAAAUUGCCUUAUUUAUACAGAUGAAACAAAAUUACAAAAAGUUAUAAAAAUUUUAUACCGGGAGUAACUUUCAUAUAAGAAUACCUUUUAAACUACUUUAUUACUUUGUUUUAUGCCAAAAAAAAUCUUAUGUAAAUUAAUGGUUAUAAAGCCGUGACUAUUUUAUGUAUUUUUAUAAUGUCAGAUUUCUUUUUAUUGAAAAUGAGUACUAAAGCCUUUUAAAUAAUACCUGUCUUAGAUCUUUUUUCGAAUAGAGGUUACUUCAUUUUAUUUUACACAUUCUAUUUAAUAAAAUGUGUCAUUUUGAUGCCAA